GGGGCAUCAUCUCCUCCCCGAGCAAAGCCGGUCCUCGGGCGGAGGAAAGGCAUCACUCCAGGGAAAGGGGGGUCUUUUUGGUAACAAGAUUCCCCCAGCAAAAAGAAAAAAAAAGGACCGUCGGUUUUAUUUUACUUUAAACGCAUCCCUCCCCUGCCCGCCUGCCCGCCCUGUCGGCUCUCCUUUCCCUCUGUCGUCAUUGCUCCGGAUCUCACCUUCCUUUUUGCGCAGCCCGCCAGCCAGCCACCCCCGGAUCGCUCCCUCUCGUUCUCUCUCUGCCUUUGGAGCCUUGGAGAGACCGACCGCCCCCGAGAUGGCCACGAAAAUCGACAAAGAAGCGUGCCGAGAGGCUUAUAACCUGGUGAGAGACGACAGCAGCGAGGUGAACUGGGUGACAUUUAAGUACGACGGGCCCACGAUCGUUCCGGGACAUCACGGAGUUGAUUAUGAGGAGUUUAUAAGGCAAUGUACAGAUGAUAUUCGGUUGUUUGGCUUCGUCCGAUUCACCACUGGAGAUGCCAUGAGCAAGCGGGUCAAGUUUGCCCUGAUCACAUGGAUCGGUGAGAAUGUCAGUGGCCUGCAAAGAGCCAAAACAGGGACCGACAAGACUCUGGUGAAAGAAGUAGUACAGAAUUUUGCCAAAGAGUUUGUGAUCAGCGACCACAAGGAGCUGGACGAGGACUACAUCAAGAGCGAACUGAAGAAAGCCGGGGGUGCAAACUACGACGCGCAGGCAGAGUGAAAAUUUUAAACAUGCACUGUGCCUCCUGCAGCUGCCUGCCUGGCUUUGGGAAGGGAAGGAAAGGGAAAAAGCACAAUUUUAUCUCCAGAAGCAAAAGCCGGAGGCGAGUGAGAA